AUGCCUCGAAACACACUGGAAUCGAUAAUCUACUAUGCAAUGAUAGUGAUGGUAUUCACCUGCUUCUUCAAUUUCCUGUGCGAAGCAGCCGUAAGCCGUGAUAAAAUCAACACUGGUGAAAAGUUUCCCGUCGUGUUGGUUCCUGGACUUGGUGGCAGUCGAAUAUACUAUCGUGAUAAAAAUGAUCCUUCAGGAAGCAUGCAUCGUCUGUGGUUGAACUUUAGACAUAUUUUUGAUAUAAGUCGACUGAUUCAACUGCUCAGGUGCAAUCAACCAACGGGCAUCGGAAAUUUUCACAGCCUUCAGUAUGACGAAAGCACUCAGAAGACUAUCGACAAAGCGGAUGUAGAAAUUAUUGUUCCUGGAUGGGGUGACACGUGGACCAUUGAACAUCUGGAUGAGGAUGAAUAUUUUAUUGGCGCUGAAUUCAGCGCGAUCGUGGAAGAACUCACGAAAGACCCAUUCUUCAUACGAAAUGUCAGUGUUCGUGGAACGCCAUACGAUUUUCGAAGAACCCCAACUGAGAACCAACAGGUGCUGCACAGGAUGAAACAACUGGUGGAGGAGACAUAUAAACUGAACGGGCAGCGAAAGAUUGUACUCGUUGCGCACAGUCUAGGAACUAUUUACUCAUUUGAGUUCCUCAAACUUCAAACCGCUGCUUGGAAAUCAAAGUACAUCAAAGCAUUUGUUUCUAUCAGUGGUCCUUUCGGUGGGACUGUGAAGGCCACAAAUGCACUCACAAGUGGAGAGGCAUUUCCUCUACACAUUCCAAAUCCAUUUAAACUGCGUAAUCUCUUCCGGACACUGCCUUCAGUUGGAUUUCUCCUUCCGGACCCAAGGUUUUGGCCGGCAAACGAACCGAUAGUUACUACACCGGAGAGAAAUUAUACUGCAAACGACGUGCAACAGCUUUUUAUCGACAUUGGGUUUCCACAAGGCUAUGACAUGUGGCUUCACAAUCCCAAACAAUCUGACUAUCUCGAAGGGCCAACAAAUGUGGAGAAUGUGUACUGUGUCUAUGGGACUCAGAUACAAACACUGGAGAAAGUGGUAUACUUACCGCAGGGCAUAUUUCGCAAGCCGUUUCCCGAUCAAAUCCCGACUCACGUGUACGGAAAUGGGGAUGGGACAGUGAACCUCCGCAGUCUUCAGGUGUGCAACAAAUGGCCUAAUGUCAAUCUCACUGAACUCCCUGGCGCCCAACAUCUGGAAACUUUGCAAGACAAACGUCUCCUAAAGCUCAUCAACGAAAUAACUGGGGCAGAACCCAGUCAAUGAUAUGGUUGAACAUAGCUGAAGUGAAGAAAAACGAUAAAACUGUUGGCA